GCUGCUAAACGCUGUGGACUACAUAGUGUGCAGGGAGGCAGGGCAAUGAGUGAGCUGCCACCACCACCGCCGCUGUGGUCACCAUUCCAGCCCGGAUCACUUCCUUGAAAAAAAGCACAACACAGCUCUGCACGUACAGAGCAGCUGGGAGCCAUGGCGGAGAGCGGCGGCGGCGGUGGAGGAGGAGUAGGCGGGUUGCAGCAGGGAUCGCAGGCGGUGUGUGUUGUUUCCUCGGACUCGGUGCCUCUUGUGCCGGUGUCGCUGGCUCUGCCGGUUGUCAGCUGCGCCGCGGUUGCAGCGAGCGGCCGUUCCGCCGCCGCGGGGAGUCAGCAGCAGCAGCGGGAGAGGAUUGCGCUGAGAAAGGCGCAGCUCCGCAACUACCCCCGGACAAAGAAACUGGAAAAACUCGGCGUUUAUUCCGCCUGCAAGGCUGAAGAAUCAUGCAAGUGCAAUGGCUGGAAGAAUCCAAAGCCCCCUCCGACUCCUCCAAGAGUAAGCCUCCAACAGACAACCGUCAGUCUUACAGAACUCUGUCGGAGCUGUAAUCAUACACUCACUGAUCACGUUUCCAAUUUGGAAAAUGUAUCCGAAGAAGAAAUGAACAGGCUACUUGGAAUAGUACUAGAUGUGGAGUACUUAUUUACCUGUGUCCACAAAGAAGAAGAUGCAGACACAAAGCAAGUUUAUUUUUACCUAUUCAAACUUUUGAGAAAAUGUAUUUUACAAAUGGGGAAUCCUGUAGUGGAAGGACCGUUAGGAAGCCCACCUUUUGAGAAACCCAGCAUUGAACAGGGAGUUAAUAACUUUGUACAGUACAAGUUUAGUCACCUUCCACCAAAAGAAAGGCAAACAAUUUGUGAACUGUCCAAAAUGUUUCUGAAUCGAAUCAACUACUGGCAGCUGGAAACUCCCUCACAACGGAGGCUUCGGUCACCAAAUGAUGAUGGUGCUGGAUACAAAGUUAAUUAUACAAGGUGGUUGUGUUACUGCAAUGUUCCUCAGUUCUGUGACAGUCUCCCAUGGCAUGAAACCACCCAGGUUUUUGGCAGGACAUUGCUGCGCUCUGUUUUUACUGUCAUGAGGCGCCAGUUACUGGAGAAAUCCAGGCAGGAGAAAGAUAAGCUACCAUUAGAAAAGCAAACAUUGAUCCUUACCCAUUUUCCAAAAUUCCUUUCUAUGUUAGAGGAAGAAGUGUACAGCCACAACUCUCCUAUAUGGGAUUUAGACUUCAUGGUGUCCUCUGGUAACAUCCAACUAGGAAUACAACAAGUUGUCAACUCUCCUGCAGUUCCUGGGAUUCUGCCAAACACAAAGCCAUUUGGGUAUGGAUCGAACCCAGCUUCUGGCAACAUUGAUCAGACCAAUAUUGGAAGUUUGAGUCCUGUCUGGAAGAACAAAACGGCUCCAGGCUCAGAGCAAAUAUUAGGAGAGAAAAGAAAACCUACAGAACCAUUUAAUAUGGAAGAUGCUAAGAGACAAAGAGUUUUGGGAGAUAUCCCUAUGGAGCUAGUGAAUGAAGUAAUGUCAACUAUCACAGAUACAGCUGCUAUGUUGGGUCCAGAGACCAGCUUACUAUCAGCACAUGCAGCCAGAGAUGAAGCCGCUAGGCUUGAAGAAAGAAGGGGUGUAAUCGAGUUCCACGUUGUGGGAAACUCACUCAGUCAAAAACCAAACAAGAAAAUGAUGAUGUGGUUAGUUGGAUUACAGAAUGUGUUCUCCCAUCAGUUACCCAGAAUGCCCAAGGAAUACAUCACUCGGCUUGUUUUUGAUCCUAAACACAAGACCCUUGCUUUGAUCAAAGAUGGCCGUGUGAUUGGUGGUAUUUGUUUCCGGAUGUUUCCGACACAAGGCUUUACAGAGAUUGUAUUUUGUGCUGUAACCUCUAAUGAACAAGUGAAGGGCUACGGAACCCAUCUAAUGAAUCAUCUAAAAGAAUAUCACAUCAAACACAACAUUCUGAACUUCCUCACUUAUGCAGAUGAAUAUGCAAUCGGCUACUUCAAAAAGCAGGGAUUCUCUAAGGAUAUAAAAGUUCCAAAAGUCAAGUAUGUUGGUUACAUUAAAGACUACGAAGGUGCCACUCUGAUGGGCUGUGAAUUGAAUCCACGGAUUCCAUACACUGAAUUCUCAGUGAUCAUAAAGAAACAGAAAGAGAUUAUAAAAAAGUUGAUAGAAAGAAAACAAGCACAGAUUCGAAAGGUGUACCCAGGACUCUCCUGCUUUAAAGAAGGAGUGCGACAAAUUCCUAUUGAAAGUAUACCUGGAAUAAGGGAAUCAGGUUGGAAAUCUAGUGGAAAAGAAAGAGGGAAAGACUCCAAAGACCCUGACCAGCUUUACAAUAUCUUAAAAAACAUCCUGCAACAAGUAAAGAGUCACCAAAGUGCUUGGCCAUUCAUGGAACCGGUUAAGAAAACUGAAGCCCCUGGUUAUUAUGAAGUCAUUCGCUUUCCAAUGGAUUUGAAAACAAUGAGUGAACGUGUCAAGAACCGCUAUUACGUGACCAAAAAGUUGUUCAUGGCUGACAUGCAACGUAUCUUCACCAACUGUCGUGAAUAUAACCCUCCAGAGAGCGAAUACUUCAAGUGUGCCAACAUCUUGGAAAAAAAUUUUUACAGUAAAAUUAAAGAAGCUGGACUGAUAGACAAGUAAAUUCAUAAUUUUAUUUUCUUGUGGUGCUCUGACUAGUUUAUGCUAGUUUAAUGUACUGUAUAGUCUUAGAGAAGGUCUACCGCAAUGCUUCUAGUAGCUCUAGAAACUGGAUGCUUGAGAUUUUGUGGAAGAUUCUUCAUGCAGCCAGUUGCAAUUUGAGACAGGUUGGAUUAGUUUUGCACACAGGGCUUUUCUGCAAAAAUCCUUUCACAGAACGAAAGAGCAGUGAGAUCUGGGACAUUAUCUGCUCCAAACAGUCAGUAUUUGGAACGUAGGCAUGUGAACGCAUGCCCACAUAUCCAUAGUUCAGUGAUUAUAUUGAUUUAAUGUGAAACUCCACAUGUCCGACCACCUGAAUAGGGUACUAUGUGUUUUCACACUGACUCAGGAGGCUGAUGACAAUGUGUUCGUAAGUUUUUGAGUGAGCUUCUGGUGAUUGCUUAGUAAGUGUUCAAACCCAUACUUUUCAGUUGUUUAUCAGUCAGCUGAUUAUUUUACUUCUAGGGGGAGGUUGUAAUUAAUCACAAUGAUGAAAGACUUUUCUGUGCCUGUGGCAUAUUCAGUAAGGCAAUACCAAUCCAGACAAGUCUGGACUACUUUCAUGCUGUUGACAAUUAACCCAGAUUGCUGAAGGAACCUGAUAUGAGUAGAACGUUUAUUCAGGUUGUGAAUUCUUCUCAGUGAGCUCUAUAUCACUACAAGCCAAGAUCCUCACAGUUACAGUGUACUUGGCAAGAUAAGCUGCUGAAAUCUUCCUGGUGCACUUUGCCGAAGGGAUACAAAGUUUUACUCAGUAAAAUUUCACACACACUUGAGGGGUCUUAAACAUUGCUUCUCACGCAUGACCCUGAUAGGACAAUAUCUCAUAGCCCCAAAAAUAGAAGUGGGGAUAGUGAUGCACCUUAUAGUUUCCGAGUUGCUUCUGAGCUUCAAAUGAUUGUAACUUGUAGCUUACCAGUAAACACAGCGGUAAGGGGCCACUUCCCUAAGUGAUUGUGUAUCUGGACAGAGGGUCUGAGGUUUUGUGGAGUCCCCUGUUAAGGGGGAAAUGACUUUUGGCUAUCAGUGGUAGGGGACGAGCAUCUGAUCUGUAUUUGCACAACAUGUUGUAAAAUGUGUUGCAAGGUUCACUGACACUGAAACUUUGGGGAUGAGGUGAACAAAACAAACAGGACCUCUACCCCGGGCAGGGGGUUGGAGGGUGGUGAAUAGGAGGUCCAGGAAGCCUUCCUGAAAAGCUGUUUGAAGGCAAUGGGAGCAGAUAGCCAUUGGUGCCAGUAGACAGUAUGGCCUGAGAACCUAGAGGCCAUGAAGGAAUUCUAAUGACCUCCUAUGUGUGGUCAAGACCAGAAAAUUUAAUCUCACCUGCCAACAAAUCUGUAUCGACCAUGAGUCAAAUCUCACGUCAACUGGCAUCAGGAAGAUCAACCUUCUUGCCCAGAAGUUAAUUCUGGUGCAGGGGAGAAAGAGGUGAUGUUUCAAUAAGCCAUCACCGGUCUAAUUAUGUGCCCUUCGUGUCUCCAAUCUCGCCACCACCACUGCCUCGCCACCACCACUGCCCUGCAUCACUUGCUUUGAUACAGGAAGUAUCUAUUUUAGAGAUAUGUUUAAAAACAUUUGUAUGCAAUGAGAAAUGAGUAGGAGUGGCUCUUUGGGAAGUGGUGGCCACCUGCAUGCAAACACUUAAAGAGCCAACUAUGGUGCAGCAGCUUAUAGCUAAUGUCUCAGCUUUCAUAGCUGCAAAAGCAGGGGGAUCUGCAAUAUCUGAGUGCUGUAGGGUAUCUCACUUUACUGUCACGUACGCUGCAUUAUACUGAGGAUAUCUACAGUAAAAGUAGCUUGUAGGAUCUCUGUAAAACAGCAAUCUGCAGUACAGCAAAUUAAGAAGAUUAAUGAGAUACUAUUGAAGGGAAAUGUAGUGAUGCUGUGGAGCACUAACCAUGUUGUCCUCUCAGGAUGAUUGUAAUUGUCCUCCCUCCCCUGCUGCUCCUUGCUUUUGCCCAUCAGCUAGCCAGCAUGCUGUUAUCAUGCCAUGUUGAUUCUGUCUGAAGUCAGGCCUUCUGCGCUUACAGUUGUGCAAAUUCAUCCUGCAAAGCCAUCUCAGUAAAAGUUAGCUGUCUUCUGCCAGGCAUGCCACAGCCAUUGGGGCAGCACAGCAUUGGGACAUUAAGUGAGGCAAAAGCACAAGAACAACAGACGCGAAGAUAGUGCACAAAGUUCAUUAAUUUCUUGUAUGCAAUAUUGGUUGAAUUAUGUGAUAAAUUUGGCUCGAUUUUUUUUUUCAUGUCAGCAUUUAUUUCAGCACUGGGGCUAAGACUGUAAUAGUUCAUAAAAGAGAUAUUAUGUUGUUGUCAUGUGGUGAAUUGGGGUCAUGUUCAGUGAUACUGCAGUCAGAUAAGCUGAUAAAGAUAGCAUGGAUGAAGGGGACGAGUAGGUUGUCUCCUCCUUCAUUCUGCCCUUACCUGACAUGUACCUGCUGACAAUGACUGUGCUCUCAUGUUGUCAAGGAUGUCCCCGCUUUAGCCUGAAAGGAGAUCCUACUACAGCCCCAGUGCUGCUCGCAACCUGCUGUCUGUUCUGCCAGCAGUAAAAGACGGAUUUCAAUGAGUACAUCCUUAGUGAAACAGAAGCUUCACACGUACUAUUCUCAGAUGAGGUUGAGUAGGAUAAUUACUUAAUUUCUUAAAUCCCUGGAUAAAUCUGGCCUGUUCCUCAUUGGUUGAGCAUCUUGUCUUCAUCCGUAGCUAAAGAACAUGCAGAGUGAACAGAACCCUUGAAGUGAGGACCAAGGUUUUUCCUACUUACUGCAUAAAGUCCUGUAGAUUCUACUAAAUUUAACUCACAGAACAAACAAAUACUAACUCAAUAACAGCCAGAAGAACACAAUCAAGCAGCAGUCAACUUGAAAGUAGAUGAUAGUGCUCUUAGGACACCUCCCCCAGUGCUACUUGAUGAACAUGCUCAGCUGUGCACGGUGAAGAGCUGGAGGACUGGGGCUCUUGUGGUGCAGUGGUAGCAUCCUUACCCCUGGACUGAGAGACCUGAGUUCAGGUCCCACCUGCUCCAAAGGUGUGAAAUAACUUCUCUGAACAGAUUGAUUAGAAAUGUAGGUUAAUUUUAAAAGAAAUGCUGGAGCACUCGGCUUGAAAACGGCACACAAGAGUCAAGUCAGAGUUAUGUGCUGACCGAGAUCAGGUUCUGCUUACUCUGCAUACUUUAGGAACAUACUUCCAGCUAAUGUGCUAACAACUUCACCAAAUGGUGUGCAUUACAGCUGUAGGCAGGGUGCCCACAGUGCAAGUGCUAUUUUGGAUCCAGAACAGCAGCAUUGCAUAGAAAAUAUGGGUUCUACAAAACCUGGUUGUGGAAUGUACACUACUUCACAUCCAAAUAAAUACAAACUGUGAAUUUCUCAAUAAUUUCGGUCUGAAGCUUGAAUUUUCUGAAGGUCUCAGUUGUCAGCUGGACCAAAGUCAAAUCCAGUCUUUAAAAGAGACAUUCUGUAUAAUGUAAUUACGAGUUUUGUAUUUGAAACAAUAUACAUUUUAAAAUAGUUCAAGCUAUUUAAUAUCCGGUUACUGUGGGGUGAAAUUUAGUGUAUGACAUUCUUUCACUAUGUACAUAGAGGGAGUCAUUUUCUAUCUCAGCUUGCUUACUCAGCCUUUUCAGGAAUGAGAUUAUUUGAUUCAGUGAAUUUUCUGCGCUGUUAAGGUUGGAACUGCCAAAUUCUGCUGGUGAGUUUUGCAUCUUAGAUUAAUCAGCUCACUAAAAGAUAAGUAUGAAAUUAGCUAGAAUACUUAAGAACCUUUUCUGUUAUAAUUAAUAUCUGAUCAGAAGUGCAUGUAGCCAAUCGCACAUUACUAAUAUUAGCCUAGCAGUUUGUCUCUUCAGAUAAGAUGGUAAUAUUUUAUCCAGGGAUGUACAUUUGUAUCUAGAGCAUGUUAAUACUCACUCACCACAGUUUGGCAGUUUGCGUUCCCAUGGUAGACUGUAGUUAUACAUACUUUGCUUUGUUGCUGGAAAUAUUCAAUCUAAAAUCUUGAAUUGAAGACCAUAAUAAUAACUACUAUAUUCCUCAGAAAUAAAACGAUUUAGGCUAGCUUUCCUUCCUCUUCAAAAGAAUUAUCAUCCUGCUUUUAAUUUUUAUUCUCUGAACGCAGAGAAUGGAAUAUCUUGUUUUUUCUAUAAAUGGAGAAGGAUUUCAGACAACUAAAAGAUCAUGUUUAGAUACUGUGAAACUAAAUGGCCUGCUUCCACACCGUAGGGAUUCUAUGAUUCUAUGGACUUGUUGGGAGGCAUUAAAAAAACAGGUGGCAUGCUUAGCAGUGGUUAACACUGCUGUUGCACAGCACCAGGGACCCAGGUUCAUUUCCAGCCUCAGGCGAC